AUGAAAUCUCUCAUAGCGGUCACUCUGCUGUCCCUGGUGCUCAACAAGGCACAUUGCCAGCUCAACGAGGGCAACUGUAAGCAGUUUGCAGACGUCCUGCCUCUAAAACUCAGAGACCUGAGAGUUGCAUUCAAUGAGAUUAAAGAUUAUUUUCAAUCCAGAGAUGAUGAACUAGACAUCAUGCUGUUAAAUGAAGACUUAUUGCAAGAAUUCAAGGAGUACUUGGGCUGCCAGUCAGUGGCAGAAAUGAUCCAGUUUUACCUGGAAGAUGUUUUGUUAAAAGCAAGCAAUGCGAGCAAAAGCAUCAAGGAACACGUGAACUGUAUAGGAAACAAGCUUCUGCAUCUGAGACAGACACUCAAACGCUGUCACAGAUUCUUAAUAUGUGAAAAGAAGAGCAAAACUAUAAAAAACAUCAAAGAAACUUAUGAAAAGCUCCAAGAAAAAGGCAUCUACAAAGCUAUGGGAGAAUUUGACAUCUUCAUUAACUAUAUCGAAGAAUAUCUGAUACUGAAGACAAGAAAGUAA